AGAAUGCUCCGCGGGAAAGUCGGGGUCAGGGUGCUGGCAGCGGAGCCAGAAGCCGCAGCACCUACAGCAGCUGGCAGUGAGUGUCCCCGGAGGCGCGGCAUCCACGCGGGGCCGGGGCGGCUCGGCGUCCCCCCGUGCCCGCCUCCGAGCGCCCCCCGCAGUGCCCCGAGCAGGCCAUUGCCGGUCCCUGCCGCCCGCAGAGCCCCGGGGACUGGCAGGGUCCCGGCGAGCGGUUGAUGUCGGUUGCUUUUCGAUCCCAGAACCGCUGGGCAGAGCCCGAGGGGACGCGAUGGGGACCCCGGCCGAAGGCGUCGGGGCGAAGCCGGAUGCCCAGGCGCCGCCCCUUGGCCUGCGGGCGGACGGAGGGGCCAAGAGCCGCGACUGCCCUGAUAAUCGGAGUGAGGAGGACGGUGCACCCGCCCGCAGCGCUUCACCGUUCGCGGAGUGAGGUGCCCAGAGGCAAGACGUUGUUGUCUUGGGAAACACAAGGGUCCGGUGCCCAGGAACACAAGUCAGAAUUAAAUUGAUAUUGUGAUUCAGAGUGUGGGGAUGGCUGCAACUCCAGGAACGCAGGUCCAGGCCUCAGUGGAACCAGAGGGACUCCUGAUAGUGAAGGUGGAGGAGGAUUCCUCCUGGGAGCAGGAAGCUCCUCUACCCAAGGAGGACACCGACUCGGAGAUCUUCCGUCAGCGCUUUAGGCAGUUCCAUUACAGGGAGGCAGAUGGGCCUCAUGAAGCUUUCAGUCAGCUGUGGGGACUCUGUUGUCGGUGGUUGAGGCCAGAAACCCGAACAAAAGAGCAGAUUCUGGAGCUGCUGGUGCUGGAGCAGUUCCUGACCGUCCUGCCCAGGGGCAUCCAGGGUUGGGUGAGGAAUCGAUGCCCGGCGAGUGGGGAGGAAGCUGUAGCCAUGGUGGAGAACCUGCAGAAACAGCCCAGAAACCCAUUGCAGCAGACUCCCUGACCCUGGACCUUGCACUGAUGGGCAUAUAUGUUGUGCAUGGACAGGAAGAGCCCUCAGAGGAGUCGGAGACUCAGGGAGGAGUUCGGGGGUCCUCAGGCCUCCCGCUGGCACAGAGGGAGACCCAGGCCAAGGGGGUGUCUCAAGAGGAAGGGGCAUGGAGCCGAAACCCAGGAACAGAGUCCCAGGAACAGAGGAGCCAUGGCUCUCAACCUGCUUCCCAGCUUCCUGCCCUUCUGAAGGAGGGGAGCACCAGAGAGAUGGUGGAUGCUUUCUUUUCCUCUGGGAUCCAUGGACCAGUGUCAUUUGGAGAUGUGCCCUUUUAUCUCUCUCUGGAAGAAUGGGAGUGUCUGGAUCCUUCUCAGAGGGACCUCUUCUGGGACAUAAAACGGGAGAACUUCCGCAGUGUCUCUCUGGGUUUGGGGAUCAAGAGCCAGAAUGAGAGAGCUUCCUACCAGGCUGGUUUGAAAGAAGGAGAGCCAGUGCCUGGCAGAUCUGCGGGUGAUGUGCCCUGGAGCACUGAGGAAGGUGAAGUCUGGGAAAGUGAGAACCGACCUGACCGAGAGCUGGGGCAAGAGCGCCCCGUGGGGGUGAGGAGAGGACGCCCUCCCACACGCCGGAGACAGUUCCGAGACUUGGCAGCUGAGAAACCCCACAGCUGCCAGCAGUGUGGAAAAUGCUUCCGUUGGGGCUCAGACCUGUCACGGCACCAGCGGACACACACGGGCGAGAAGCCCCACAAGUGCCAGGAAUGUGAGAAGAGUUUCCGUAGCUCCUCAGACCUUGUGCGCCACCAAGGUGUCCACACAGGUGAGAAGCCUUUCACCUGUACCGAGUGUGGCAAGAGCUUCAGCCGAAGUGCAUACCUCACUGACCACCAGCGCAUCCACACUGGUGAGAAGCCUUAUGAGUGCACUGAAUGUGGCAAGAGCUUCUCUCUCCGCUCCUACCUGCUAGACCACCGACGAGUGCACACUGGCGAGCGUCCUUUUGGCUGCAGUGAAUGUGACAAGAGCUUUAAGCAGCGGGCACACCUCAUUGCCCACCAGAGCCUUCAUGCAAAGAUGGCACAGUCGGUGGGAUGACCGUGGCUCUCUCCAUGGAGGAGGCGCCUCCAGGUGGAGAGGAUAUUCUGAAGGAAGGUGACAAAAGACUGCUUUGACCAUCCAGCAUCGAUAACGGGGCCUACCUGAGCUCACCCCAAAUGUGUGGAAAUUCCCCUUUCCAAUUGAAGGUCAUUCUUGCGCCCUUUGGAUGCCAUGAGGAUCUCCUCCUCCUUCAUUUCUCUAAUAGCUAUGUUCCUCCCACCUACAGCAAAUACCGACUUCAGUCAAACAAAGAAAACUUGACUGUCACAAGAAAGGAGAAGCACUUCUGUUUCCUUGGCCCCCUUGAACUUCAAGUUCAGAAACUUGCAGAACAUACGCAACCAUCCAUAUUCCUCAAAAACAAGGAAAUAAUUUUACUACCUUUCCAAAUGUAUUUUUCCCUUGUCUUUUCUUUGUUUUGUGUUCCUUCCCAUUUCCUUUCUUAUUUUCAUUUAAUGUUUCUGGAGUCUGGGAAUAUAUACUACUUUGAAGGGCUAAGAGCAUGCAGUGAAAUGCAGGGAAGUUCAGACAAAUCCCUCCCCUGACCACCAUCCAACCUCCACACCAGUGAACCCUAUAGCAAUGCUUUUCUCUUCUUCCACCCUGAUAGCUCCACAGACAAAGGAACCAGCCACGUUGCAGCAGGGUGCAGCUGCCUCUCUCUUGGGUGGUGACAACACUCUUGAAGCCACCUUCACUCUCUUUAGUACUAAUCUUCCUGUCCUUGUUGGAAAUGGGAGGAGGGGAAGGGAGCAGUGUGUGAAAUAAUCUAUGGAAGGUAUUUGAGUCUGGGGUGAUGGAGUGGGUGUUCCUUCUCAGCCUCCUUCCCUUUGACCCCCUGACUCUGCCCUAUGUCUCCGGAUCUGGAGAGUCUUGAGAACGGAAGUAGAGUGUAGGUGGAGCCUCAUCUGGGGUUUAGGAAGGACGCCAAUGGGAUCUUUGAAGGAGGCUGAAGAAGGCUACUGAAAAUGUCUCUUACAUGUUCUGUAUCUCUCCUUCCCCUGCCCGAACUCCCAAUGACCGCCGUCUUCCCCAGCCUAGAAGACAGCUGGAACUCUUAACCUUCUCUUCUCUGGAUCAGAGUCCCUGAUUUCACAUUUCCAGAGAACCUCUGCCUUCCGGACCUUUCUGUCCUCAUUUCUGUGCCUGUCCUUUGUACCCUCCCUAAGUUUUCCACACCCUUCCCAAGGGCUUAGGAGCCUAUCAGGACUCUAAUAGAGUAACCCUUGAUCUAUAGAAGGGGAGGAAAGCACACUCCAAUUCAUACUCCCGGGAUCUUACCAGCCUUCAAACCACUCUUGGGGACUGUAGGAAUAUUAGAUUCAUUCUUUAAGACAUUCCUGUUGCUUACUAGUUAUAUGAUCUAACAUAAUUUCCGUGCCCUCUCUGGCAAUUUUUCCAUCUGUAAAAUGAGAGGGUUAGAUCGGAUAUUUUUUUGUAAGAGUUCUUUCAGGUCUGACAUUCAAUGAUAAACUAUGCUGUGACUAGAGAAGUGAGGAAUGAGGUGGGACGGGGUGGGGGAUGGGAUGAGGGUUGUGACUCAUACAGAUUUCGGACAUUGCCAGUGCCCGUCUGCCUGUACUGGGAGAGGGGGUAUUGGAAUGCUAAUUUUAGUUCCCUCCAGAGAAUUGAAAUGGUGCCAGUUGUAAUUUAGGCCUUGUAAUUUUGCCAGAUUAAAGAUGUCAUCUUC